GAUCACAGAGCCUCCUGUCAUCACUUACCUGCCUGGUACCUGAAGAACACCUUACAUUUAGCUGCUGGCCCUCCAGACGUUCUUUAGCUUUCGUCAUGAAGAUUCUACUGAUCCUCGCUGCUAUCCUCUGCGUUGCUCCGUCCAUCAGGGCCGCAACAGUUGUUCCGGCUGAGGCUGCUGCAGUACAACAGGACAACAAUCCCGCACCGACAGCAGGGUUGGAUGCAGAUGCUGCUGCUGUACCUAAAGCUCGUUUUGAUUUCUGCCUUGACGGUUGGCUUAGUUUCCGUGGUAGCUGCUACUUCUUAGCCAACCACGUUGACACCUGGAGAAACGCAGUGAGCUUCUGUGCUAGCUACGAUGGCAGUCUGGCCUCAGUCCACAACAUCUGGGAGUAUAAUUUCCUCCAGCGAGUGGUCAAGACCGGGGGUCACACUUUAGCCUGGAUUGGAGGGUACUACUUUGAGAGCGACUGGAGAUGGGUAGAUGGCUCAGUGUUUAACUAUAACAACUGGGAUCCAGCGAGCGACACUAACAUUUACCAGUGCCUGCAGCUCAACGCGUACGAGUCCAAGGGGUGGUCCAAUCAUGGCUGCAGCAUGUCCUUCCCAUUCGUCUGUCAGGUGAAACCAAACUGCUAGUCUUCACAGUGUGGGCAGCGACUGGCUUCAACACAUGAUACCUAAUGCUGCUGCUUGUUCUUCAUAAGACUUCAUAUGUAUGUAUGACAUGCGGUUUUGGAAGUUGUGAUUGUUGUUUGUAUUCAUUGCUAUAUUUGAUGUGCCUAAAGAGUGCAAUAAACUGUAUCUGUUCCUAAACAAUAAAACAAAAUUACAAUA